AUGGCCGCGUCGCUCGUCAUGACUUGGUGGUGGUCGUCGAAGACAAUGAGACUCACGAGGAAUUCCGCUCGUCGCUACGGCAAUCUUCCCGGGCGAAUCCAUCCAUUUCGACAAUCCACUAGUGCUGCUGUCAUUCUGGUAGACUCGCAUGAACGUCGCGUGGUGGGUGGCGAUGCGGUCUACAUUGCCAUGAUGAUGGAAAGUUUGUCACAAGCGACUAGGCCGAGCCAGUCAAGUACGAAACAUCACCACGACGACGUCGAAAGCAUGUCGUCGCUGUCACGUACCAGCAGUAUCCCAGAGACCGUACUUCAGUAUGAACGUCAGUCAGCUCCGCGAGACACGUUUCUGAUGUACAGUUGCAGUACGUCCCCGACGAUUAGGUUGCCUAUGGCAGCGCAGUGCACUCGUAGUUGGUGUGUUCUAGUAGUAAGUGGAAGAUUGCGGUGUUCAGCAAGUAUAUAG